AAUCCGUAAGGCGAUCAAAAUGAAAGCCACACUGCUGAACCAUGAAAACGGUCCAAAAUACGACCGGCUCAGUGAGCUCAAAGCCUUUGACGAGACGAAAGCCGGCGUGAAAGGGCUAGUCGACGCCGGCAUAACCAAAGUCCCAAAAGCUUUCAUCGACCCCGGAAUCAACCAACUCCCGUCCGUUUCAGUUUCCGGCAUACCCACCAUAGACCUGGGAGGCAUCCACCUGAGCGAGCCCGACCGGCGGCGGGUGGUGGAGGAAGUCCGGCAAGCGCUGGAGCGGUGGGGGUUCUUCCAGGUCGUCAACCACGGGAUUCCGAUCGGCGUGCUGGAUGAGAUCAAGGGCGGGGUGCGGGCGUUCCACGAGCAGGACACGGAGGCGAAGAAGGAAUGGUACACCCGCGAUUUGGCGGCGACGUUCAUGUACAACUCAAACUUUGAUCUGUUUCAGGCGCCGGCGGCUAAUUGGAGGGACACUUUCCACUGUUCCAUGGCUCCCAAUCCCCCUCAACCUCACCAGUUGCCUCCCGUUUGCAGGGAUAUUAUGUUCAAAUAUUCUGAUGAAGUGCAAAAAUUGGGGGUUGUUUUGUUUGAGCUAUUGUCAGAGGCUUUGGGCCUCCAUAGGAACUAUUUCAAAGACAUUGAUUGCAACAAGGGGCUAGCCAUCCUGGGGCAUUACUACCCAGCCUGUCCAGAACCCAACCUCACUUUGGGCGCCAGCAAUCAUUCUGAUAAUGACUUCCUCACAGUUUUGCUCCAAGAUGAUGAUAUUGUCUGCCUUCAAAUUCUUCACCAUAACCAGUGGGUGGAUGUCCCCCCUACCCCAGGAGCUCUUGUUAUUAACAUUGGAGAUCUUCUCCAGCUUAUAACGAAUGAUAGGUUCAAGAGCUCCGAGCACAGAGUGUUGGCUGUCCCGCGCGGACCGAGGAUAUCGGUGGCGUGUUUCUUUAGUACGUACUUGUUGCCAUCUCAAAGACUUUACGGACCCAUUAAGGAACUGUUAUCGGAGGAGAAUCCGCCCAAGUACAGGGAAACCACCGUGAGGGACUUUGUCAAUUAUUUUCAUUCAAAGGGUCUCGACGGAACUUCUGCCUUGUUGCAUUUCAGGCUUUGAUGAUUUGGGUAUUCUGGAGUUGAUGUUAUAAAAUGAAAUUUAAUAAAGCCAACAUCCCCGGGACAAAAAAUGUAAUAAGUUAGGCUUUGUGUUGGUACAAACACCAUUUAUUUGUGUCGAGUGAUUUCUACUUAUGUUAAUCUACACUGUUAUGUUGUUACUCAUGUGAUUUCCAGUGCAGUUUCUAUUUCAUUCACCUUUUAACUUGUUAUCAGCAACGCCGUUAUAGAACUGGUGAUGUCCUGUAAAGAACGAACGUGAGCACAAUGAGUGUAGACUGCUUUUUGUACCAA